AUGGCACCAGUCUAUGCAGACCACCCAUUCCCCCUUAUCCAGACUCCUGUGUUUGCAGCGAAACAAGACCCGCAUGCAAAGGUGGACAGCUUCGACCGUGCCGCCUCGGAAAUGGCCAACGCGCACAAUCUCAUGAUCCGCGGCCUUAAUUCCAUCUAUCUUCAAGCUCCACACGUCACAGCUCCCGACGCAAAACCCUUUUGCCGGUACAUUGCGGCUUUCACCAACCUGAUUCACGUCCACCACCACGGCGAGGAGACACAUUUCUUUCCAGAGGUAGAGAGGUUGUCGGGGGUGGAGGGAAUCAUGGAGACGAAUGUCCAUCAACACGGCGUGUUCAAGAAAGGGCUACACGAUCUGGAUGAUUACAUUAAUGGUGUUCUGGCGGAUAAACAGAAGUAUGACGGUAACAGGGUAGUGCAGAUGAUUGAUGUAUUUGGGAAAAGUCUCGUCGAGCAUCUGCGGGAUGAAAUCCCUACGUUGCAGAGGUUGAGAGAGGUGGAUGGAGAGGGGAGAAAGAUGGCGGAGGCGAUUGAGAGGAUCAUGGGGGAGGAAGGGGAGAGUUCGAUGAAAGCACUUGGAAUGCCUGGCAUGUUGUGGUGUUUUGCCAAUCUGGACAUCCACUUCGAGGACGAUAUAUGGCUGGACUGGCCUGCUGCACCGGGCCCUGUCAAGUUUCUGUAUCGGAAUGUGUUCUGGUGGGUUUAUACUGAUCUUAGGAAGUUUGGAUCAGUUGACAGGAACGGCAAGCUGAGGGCUCUAUAUGCUGUUCCCAAGUCAGAAUAA